AUGCAUACCGAUGACCCCGAAUUUAAAAGUCAUUUUGCACUGAAAGUAAAGUUAAAAGCGUUGCACCUUUUUGGAGAGGACUUAAAAGACGCGUUAAGGCUAAAAUUCAGGAUUUAUUAUGAUGGCGAAGACGAGAGGAGUGUCCGCCUCUCCCCGGAGAGGGUUGGAGUGAUCAACGUGUUCAACAGGGACUACAAGACUAUGCUUAAGUCGAUCAUAAACAAGUCCAUCUACCUACCCAUCGUGUGCCUAAGGGGGACGUGUCCUCAGUUCAUUAACAUUAUUUGCAGCAUUGGAAAAGGGAGAGAGCUAGGCCUAAAGCUCUACCUUAAUAAAAAUUAUGCCUUCUUAAAGUAUUAUGGCACGAACAAAUUGUACAGCAUAUACGACUGCAACAAUGGCAGUGUGCGAGGCCACCUGGAAUUGGCAAUGGACAUAGUUAACUGCAACCGGUCCGUCCCCUACUUCGGGAACGAGCUUUCCAACAUGGGGAAGGACGACCACUAUAUUUUGGCAACUGAAGUUUCGGUCAGCAAAUUGUGGAAGGAGAUGGUGGGGCACAGGACGAACAGGGAUGUCGACACUUACGUGGAGUCUUUUAGAAUAAUGCGGAAAGAUGGCUUGAGAGGAAUUCCGCUAACCGGGAGGAAACCCCCCCUGAGCCUGUUCAGUGGCUCUGCCAAACAUGCUUACGAGGAAGUUCCACUUCCAUUAAUAUCCCCCGUUGGCUUAUUUGAUUAUUUCUACAUGGAGGUGUUACCUCUGUAUAAGAAGAGUAACCCAUCAUGGAUUAGAGUUGUUAACGAUGCAUAUGACAGGUACCUGUAUAGGCACUUCCAAGUAAGCCACGUGGAUAACACAUACAGGCAUUACAACAAAAAAAGGUUGCUCAUUUGUGCCCCUAUUUUAGCAUGUUGUCCAUUGGAAAAACUUGCACCCAUUAAAAACGUAAUUACUUGUUCUCAGAAAAAGGACAUGUACGAAGAGAUCCGAGCUUGUGCGCUGUUCUUCUACCUGGAGAGUGUGUUUGUUAAGGUGGCCGCAAGUUUUGCAAAAUGUGUUAUUAUCCAGGAGUAUACGAAGUACACCUCCCCGAGGUACUUUGACAAGCUCCUUGCAGGGAAGCCAAACCAUAGGAUCCAGUUGGACGACGACUUUAAAUACGUAAAGAUAUCCGGGGAGGGCCCCUUGGAUGUUUUCAAGUUAUUCGACGGAGAUGAGGUGUACGUAACACAGGACUCCUAUAUGGUGGGGGAGGGGCUCAUAGGGAUUCUCAUUUUUGGGGACGACCGAACGGACACGGACUUGGCGUGCAAGAAGUACAACCGAGAGAUAAAAGCGCAGCAGUGGAUAAACAAAGGCAUAGCCAAGGUUAAGAGCCAAAAUUUAAAGGGGUUGGCCAAAGAAUGCAGAAAAGGUAGGAUGGACGGGAUGCAAGUUUCUUUAUCCUUGUUGUCUUUCAACCUAAGCGCACUUGUAUCCUACAAGGGGUUCAAAAUGUAUGUCAUUCCGUCCCCCGCCUUUCCGCUGGAGGUUAGGAGACUGGACGCAGUCAGUGGUGAUCUCAAGCACGAAUUGAGAAUUCUGGAAAAGGCCAUUCCCACUUAUGCACUACUCAGACAAGUGAAGGGGAAGGAAGCUUUCUUGGCGAAGUUCCCCUCGGAGGACAAUUACGUCUUCUACAAUAUUAACACAAUGUUCGUUGGGAUGAAUAAGAGGCAUUUUCCCAUUUUUGAAGAACCACAGGGGAAUGCUUCCCACAUUAAGGAACAGAACAACCAGGGAAGUUACAAGGAAAAAUCAUUCUACUCAAAUGAUAUGAAGGUGAGAAGAGAUCUUGACCUGUACUGUGAAGACGCAGAGACAGAUGUAUGGGGUAGAGGUACCCAUGCGAAGAACUCAGAAAAAUACAUUGAGCGUGUCUUAAGGGAGAUGGAAAGUCUAUCCUCUAGUGUCCCAUUUGAUAGUACCUCCUUAAAAAUGUACUUGCAUGAGAGGGGGUUAAAAAUGAAGCACCUUGGGAAGAUGCUCAGUUGCGUGUCGCAUAGGUGGCUAUACGAUAUGCUUCUAAAUGAGGUUCUAAUUCGUUGUAUAAAAAAGUAUGUCUAUUUGUGCAUGCGGGAGAUCUGCAUGUUUUGCAAAAGGAGAAUAACUCAAUACGGUCGGCUAGAUGGUGGAGAAAAUUCCGCAUCUGAGUUACGUUCAGAGAUAGACUUCUCCGUGGAGUCAGAUUUUUUGAGUGAUGAGGUGAGCCAACUAAAAGGGGAGACAUCCAUGCCAGGUUGUUACGAUUCAGGUGGUUACAGAUCGACUUCCUCUGAGACGUCUUCUCUGCGUAGUGGCGAUACGACGGAGGGUACCUCCGAAGGGGGUUACAGGGAUUACCAUUACGAGCUCAGGAAGAGAGGAACAAAACGGGAGCUUUGCUCAAGGAAUAAGGCACUAAAGUCAUUUAUAGGCAUGAGGAAGAUUCUUAGUAGGAAGGUUCUACUGAGGACUCACUUGGAAAGCGCCCUGGGGGGGAGAAGCAACGCCAAUAGGGGGGCUUCCCUUUUGAGCAAGCUCCUAAAUUUUGACUCCUUCAAAAAGUAUAGUAGGAAUGGGGACAUGUAUAUAUUAAAAAGGAAGAAGGUGCAAGGAAGCGUAAAAAUUGUGAGAAAAAAAUGCAAAGGAAAUGUAACCCUGAUAGAUGUGUUUGUUGUUAAUCUGUUCAAUGUGAUAUUCGCACAGGAGAGUGGAAUAGACGGCGAUCUCCUAGCAGCUUUGCAAAGUAUAGCAGCAAAGUUUUUUAACACAAGUGUAGGCAACUUGGUAGAGGCAGCUCAGAAGAAUUACCUCUACGCAAACUUGCAGCCUUGUUUAGGGAUCUCCUUCUACCGCGCAGGUCUGGAUCAGCAAAUCGGGAAAAGGAACCUACGUGGUGGGAAAUUUUCCAUGCACCACUUGAAAAAAUAUAGAACAAAAAUUAAGAGGUCCAUAAAUGUUACGUACAUGGAUUUGCCAGCCUAUAAGUACACACAUCGACAUGAAAGGAUACCUCUCGACGUAACCAACGAAAAUAAAAAAAUAUUGUCUAGCGCUAUUUUUUUUACAAUAAUGUUUUAUCACCACAGUGCUGGUAACGAGGUGUACACAAGGGAGUUGUUCCCCCAGGAUGGGAAACUCCCCAGAGGGGGAAGCUAUAACGAGGAAGACCCAACCAGUCGACAUAAUAGGACAUGCACAGUCAGAUCAAACUCUCUCAUUCCAUCAGAAGAUAGUAUAACUUUCCAUAGUGACUCCAAUUAUCUACCUCUUUAUGGCUUCCUAAAUAUGGUUUCUGUGGGUGUACAGCUUGGCUUCUUCGAAAGUGCCUUAAAAAGGCUCAUUGCCAUUUUGCGAUAUAUCCCAGAAAAUAGUGUUAUCUCGGUGCACGUCCGGAUUAUGUGGUUGUACGUGCAUGCGUUGAGGGGGAAAUACGCUCAGGGGGGACAUAUCCUGGGGGACAACAAGGUUAUUGAGAACAGAGUAGAGAAGCCCUAUAAAACGGGUAACAGAAAAUGGGUACCUCACCCGUUUGGGAAGAAUUCCGUAGAUGAAGAAUCCAGACAGGGGAGCUUCAGCUCCGUGUCCGGCAGGGGGGUGUUCCUUCAUGACGACGAGACGGUUUCUCACUGCGCGGAUUGCUCUGCUUGCAGUAACCUUUGGAGUGAUGCGUUGGAAAGUGAAAUGAGACAAAUCAACCACGAUGAGAAUUCGCAUUGGACGGAGGAGGACCAGGAAAUUUCCUUCCACCAUGGGGACGAACUGGAUCUGUACAAGGGGACCGAAAAAUGUUGCUCCGUUAUUUUGAAUAACUACUUUGUCUUCUUCCACCCGAUGCAUUUGGAUUUCUACCUCUCUCUGGCGUGGUACAACCGCAGCGUGAACAACUACCGGGAGUUCCUGCUGCUCCUCCGAACGGUCAUUCUGCUGCAGCUGAAAAUGAGGUUGAAGAGCCACCCCGGAGAAAGGAUCGAAGAUGUGGUUAACCUCAAAGACAACUUUGAAAAUCUCGUCUACUUUAAAAUGGAGGUUUCUUCUAAUAGGGGUAGCGGAUUGAGGGAGAAGGAGUACGUUCUUUUGGACCGGAUCCGAAAUGUGUCUAGCUUUUUUCUGAACAGUAUAUGCUACCCGCAUGAGGAUUUAUUUAUACAUACUAACUUGGAGACAACGAUGAAGUUUUCCUCAGUUUAUAGCAUCCGUCUGGGGUGCACUGUCCACCAUUUUGCGAACUCCUUAUUUUAUUACUACUACACGAAUAGGGUUAUUAGGAAAUACCGGAAUGAGGACUUCAUCCUGAAUGGGUCUCUUUGUUGUAUCUCCGUUUUGGAGCAUGUGCGUGACGUAUAUCUGUCGUGUGGGGUGGACAACGUCUAUGUGGGUGAAGCGUCCCUCGACCUGGCACUCAUGGCUUUGAAGACAUACUUAAGCGAAAUGCCCGAGUUUGGUUGGAAUUGCGUUAUGGCAUACGCGCUGGGGAACGCGCGGCGCGCUGCGGAGACCUUCCGGCGAAACCUCGGAAUAAACCACCCCGACACGCUACACAGCCACUAUAUCCUCAGCCUCGUGUACAUGUACCUGGACAGUGAAAAGUGUCUUCAUACCUUCGAAGAAAUAAUUUACCACCUGCUCAAUUAUAAAUACUCGUAUGGGGGGAAAAACGUAUUGAAUAGGGUCUACUGUUAUGUCCCAGAUUUGGUCUUAACGGACGAAGAGCUUGACUCAACGGGGAGAAUCCCCAACCGGUGUAGAAUAAAGUGGUAUCUCUUACACUCCUGGUUUAGCAUUUGCAUGCCUAUUAAGUAUUUGCGGAAAAUCCGAAGAAUUUUAUUUCUGCUUUUUUCUGUGGAGCGGUGUAGGAGGAAAAGCGGCUCAACCGAAGGAGGGUCUCCCUUUCAAGACGGAUGGGUUAAACGAUGUGAUGACCUCCUUCGUGGAAAUGUCCUCUGGGACUGUUCAAAGAAUGUCGACGGGGAACACAUAUUCUCCUAUGAGCAACUGGUCUCCUGCAUACGUGGCUACAAACACAUUUUCCCCCUCCAAGGGUUGUUUAGCCAAAUGGAAGAAUAUAAUGACCUGCUCAAAUGUAAUAGGAACGUGGUGGUGGUAACAACAAGUAGGAUGGACCAAUGUGAAGACAGAAGGGGGGUAGCCACAGAGGAGGUUUCCCAUAAUGGGGAUGACAUUCGAUUAUUACCUUUACUUCUAAGCAGAGUCGACGUAGAGCAGGACAACAGGAUUGGGGCCUUUUCCGAUGGUUUUGUAAAAAGUGCUAUGAAGCACAAAACGGAUUUUGCCAAUUAUGUGCACCAUCCUGAUUUUCGGAAUGACGAGGCUGUGGAAAAUUAUCUCAAGAGGGAAACCCAAGAAGAUACUAUAAAGAAGAGACAGAGCGUCACAGAUUAUUACUUGAAAAAGUUAAUAAGGAAGGUAGAACAGCAAGUAGAGUUGCUUUACAAGGAGGAGAAAUACAAACACGACACGAAGCUACAUUUAUCCAAUCGGGCAAAUAAACCGUGUGCAAGUUUGGCUUCACGGAUGAAGAAGGUAAAGACAGGAGUAAGGAAUAACGAUACAAGGGGUUCUUCCCUUAUUUGGAACGGAAGGGCAACCUCAGAUAGCAGCGAAGUCGAUACCGUUUCUUUUUUAAGUUCAAACAACUGCGGUGAUUAUUCGGAUGUCUCUUCGACUGCCUGUGGGGAGAAUUCCUCCAGUCAGAAGAGGAACCAUCCAAGUGGCGAUAAAGGGGACAGACGUAGAACAGAACAUGUGGAAGCUACACAAGUGGGGAAGGUAAGUGAUGCUUCCCUGGUGAGGAAUGAUGUGCACGUCCUAAUGAGUUUGCUGUACCACUUUUUCAACGUGGGGAAGUUUCACCAGUUCUAUUCGCGGGCGGCGGACGGGGAGUGA